CUGCGUUCUGGUAUAUAAAUGAUAGAACCAUAAACUAAUCGCAUACAUCCAUCUACAUGUAUCUACAGUAAAACAGCAACAGUGAGAGACCGCAUAUCUUGAGUUAUACUAUUUGCGUAUAUAUUUAUAUUUAUACUACAAAUACUAAAUAUGGUGGAAGACGAACCCGCUGCCUUGGUAGUGGACAAUGGCUCCGGCAUGUGUAAGGCUGGUUUCGGUGGUGACGACGCUCCUCGAGCAGUCUUCCCGUCCAUCGUUGGAAGGCCACGUCAUCAGAUCGUUAUGUCCGGAAUGGGUCACAAAGACAGCUACGUCGGAGACGAAGCUCAGAGUAAACGUGGAAUUCUGACACUAAAAUAUCCAAUCGAGCACGGUAUCGUAACAAACUGGGACGAUAUGGAAAAGAUUUGGCACCAUACUUUCUACAAUGAGAUGCGAGUCGCCCCAGAAGAACAUCCGGUACUUUUAACGGAAGCGCCACUGAAUCCGAAACAGAACAGAGAAAAAAUGACACAGAUUAUGUUUGAGACAUUCAACGUGCCAGCCAUGUAUGUGAGUAUUCAGGCGGUGUUGUCGUUGUAUGCGUCUGGUCGAACAACUGGUGUUGUAUUUGACAGCGGUGAUGGCGUGAGUCAUAUCGUUCCCAUCUACGAAGGCUAUUCUCUGCCACAUGCUAUCGAGAGACUUGACUUGGCUGGUCGUGAUAUCACCGACUAUUUAGUCAGAAUAUUGUUAGAAAGAGGAUAUUCCUUCAAUACCACAGCUGAGAAAGAAAUCGUUCGUGACAUCAAAGAAAAACUUUGCUACGUCGCUAUGGACUUCGAGCAGGAAAUGCAAAGUGCUGCCAGAAGUUCUGCGUUGGAGAAAAGUUACGAACUACCAGACGGUGCAGUCAUCACCAUUGGCAACGAGAGAUUCCGAGCUCCUGAAAGUCUGUUUCAGCCAGCAUUUCUAGGUAUGGAAAGUGCGGGAAUUCACGAAACACUUUACAACAGUAUCUUGAAAUGUGACAUAGAUAUACGUCGAGAUCUCUAUGGCAACACGGUGUUGUCAGGCGGUAGCAGCAUGUAUCCAGGAAUCGCUGACAGAAUGCAGAAGGAAGUGACGUCCUUAGCACCCAGCACCAUGAAAAUUAAAAUUAUCGCUCCGCCUGAGAGAAAGUAUUCCGUGUGGAUCGGUGGUUCCAUCUUGUCUUCUCUCUCAACCUUCCAACAGAUGUGGGUCAGUAAACAGGAGUACGACGAGUCCGGUCCUGGUAUCAUUCACCGAAAAUGUUUUUAG